AUGCCGGCAGGCUUACACAACAAGACACCGGGGGAUGUCCCCCCUGGGCCCGGCUCCUCUAAGCGCAAGAGAGACCUAGACGACAACGGCAUCCCCAGCCUGACUCGCCCUGAUCGCAUACCCCAACCACGGCCACCACAGUCAGGUAAUACUGCACCCAUCAACUACCUUUUUGCUUCCGGAACCAAGACAUCAAGCCUCAGCCUCCUUCGUGGGGAUAACAGCGUCUUCAACGAGGUCAUAUCCCUCAUCAACGACUAUGAAGGAGCUAUGGAGAGUCUUUUUGAAGGAGAAAUCAAAGUUUAUCCUAAGAAUCCUUCUGGAGCGGAUCAGCCCUAUAAGCCUAGCUGGUUGGACAUCCUCGAGUUUGCGGCUUCGAACCCUGACGAUUUCAAUCUCACCACACUAAACGGUGUUGGUCAGGUUUGUCGUUUCUCUAUGAAGAACGUUGAUGUGCAAAUCAGCUGGGAUGACUGGCGACUUAUCAGGUCCGGUGCCUUGGACCGUUUCAGCCUAGUUCCGCCCAAACCGUUGGAAGAGGAUGAAAGAAUCGAGUUGACCACGCUAGAUAUUAUCGAGGAUCGAGUUUACAGCAUCAUCCAGAAGGCUGAUGAGAUAGCUCGUAAAGCGCGACAACUGAACUACCACCUGAGCGGCCGCAAAGCUGCUAUUACAGCUCGCUACACAUUACAGCACGCUUCGGAAUUGGACCAGCCCCCGGCGCGCCACAGAGAGCUGAAGCCUGAUCCUGAUCUCCGGGCUCACCUUAAGUCCCCCUUUGGCAUUGCCUUCUAG